CCGUGACUCUCGGGAAAGCACAAUCGUGCCUCUCGUGGAAGCAAAACCGUGACUCAAGAAAGUAAAAAAAAACAAAAAACAUGUUUUUUUUGUUUCCGAGAGACACGGCCAUGACUCUCGCGAAACAAAACCGCGACUCUCGCGAAAGAGAAAAAAUAAAAAAACAUAUUUUUUGCACAAAAAAAAUUCAAAAAAUUUUAUCCAAAAGCUAAGGAAGACCAAUGAAAAACCGUAACGUCGAAAAAACCUGAAAAAGAUCCUUUAAAAAGUCAAAAACACGUGUGAAAAAAAUUCAAAGAAAGCGCUCGGAGCGUAACAUGUGACGAACGGCUAAGAGCGCGUCAAGUGAUACUGAUCAUUGUGAGACUCCCGAAGGAGCACUCAUUAACUAGUUGCUCCCGCUCAAGGCGCCCGUUAGGAAAUGCCAGCAAGGGGGUGGUGGCUGGUGAAGUGGCUGUGGCAACAUCGUAGCUGGGGCCCAGGCAGCCCAGGCAAUGGCCUGGGAAAAAAUCUCGGCCUUAUAUUUAGAAAAAACAAUUGGCCUGGGGCACAGCCCAAUUCCUACCUCUCUUGCUGGGCCGUUGGCCAGCCCAACACCCAGAUUAGAGAGAAGCAGAAGCGCGUGUGAUCCUAGAAAAAAAAAGCGGAAGCGCGUGUGCGUGGUUCUUCGCCCGCGGAGAGUUUUUUGACGAGAAAAAAGGGAACCGGCGACUUGAACUUUGGUCUUUGGAGGUUGUUUCCCUUAAUUUUGUAAUUCUGCAGAGAACUUAAAUGUGGAAACUGAUUUAGUAAAAAAAAUCAAUAUAAGUGGCUAAAUGACCGUGCGUUGCACUGAUUUGCAUUUCAAAAUUAAUCUUCUAAGGUUUAGCUGAUUCUAUCAUUGAAGAUGUAAUCAUGGAAAGCUCGGAGCAAUCAAUCAUUUGAUUUCGUACAAUAUUUCGUAUCAUCUAUGUUAUGUAUGGUCUUUUAAUAUCGACACAGAUUUUUGGAACAUAGGGGCCAAUGCACCUGAAAUGGAGAAAACCAUUUUAGAAAAAUCAAAAGGAGUCGAACAUUUCUGAAACUUUUCUGUAACAACCAUGGUCUAUCAUAAUACUCGUGUUAAAAGUUUCAUAGAGGAAUGACUCUCGUGGUAUCCUGGGUGGGUGAAAAAAGCAAACCUGGCACUAUAUAAAAGUUACUACUCAUGGGUUUUUAUAAUCGCAAAUUUGUUUUCUUGGCCCUGGUGUCGGUCGAAGCUAUUCCUUCGCGAACAUUUUCAUAAGACCCAUUGGCUAUUUCCGUUUUAAUAUGUCUUAUUUUAUUAGUUGAAACAUGAUUGAACAAAUACUGCAAUUGAAUAUUGUGUUAAGAGUUCUUAUUAGUUAUGCAACAUAGCAUGACUUCUGUAUGCCAUGAAACUAGUGUUUUUUUUGGGGGGGUGGGGGGGGGGGGGAUUAUUUUUCGCCCUUAGUUUCUCGCUCGGGUCAGUCAGCCAAUCUUGGCUCCGCCAUUGUUGUGGCGGUGGCCGGUGGGGGUGGCCGCAAGUCACAUCGGAGAGACGAAGCAGGUGCGAGUGAUCCUGUCAAGAUCUUGUCCGAGAGGAUAAAUAUUAAUGUGGUGACUUGGGAAGAUGAUCCUAAAGCAUUCGACGAUAAUCAUGCUUUACCAGCUGCUACAUACAAUAUGAUCCGGAUCGGUUGAUGUGCAUCGUGGUCGUGAUUAAGAUAGCAUAGUGGCCGUUGCACAUACUAACUUUUACUUCCAAGUUGGGUAUAUAGAAUAGUAACACGCAGCAAGUCCUAGAAUCUGGUCAAGGAGACAAGAGGUGGUAUAUGAAAUUCGUACGCGUUAAUAUAUACCUGGUGGUUGUCUGAUUCUAGGAUAUAUGUGUGCGCUUGCAUUCCCAGACAGCAUUUAGAGCUAGAAGACUAGAACACUUGAUAGAGGAGAACCAAGCUGCUUGGUUGAACAGACCGCAAGCAGAAUGGAGGUGGCGGUAGGGGCGGCUUCGAGGGUGGUGGUGCAACUGGUGCGUGGAGUCGUGGUGGUCUUGAAGGAUGCACUCCAGCUGCAAGGUGCUCGAGGGCUCGACCUUGAACGGCCAACGAGCGGAGACACGCCCUUGCACCAGGUACCGGAGCUGCCGCUUAACAUCUGCAUGGUAUCCGAGAUGUUCCUGCAGAUCCUUGCCACGGGGCUCGGCGCCCUCGCCUUGGUCUGGGCGACCGUCGUCCUGCUCGGCGGUUUCUCCACUUCCCUAGAGAAGGCUGAUUUCUGGGUCAUCACCGCCAUCGUCUUCAUACAAACAGCCAGGGUCGUGGGCAUAAAUGUAAGCCCCGAGGCAGAAUUCUUCAACCAAGUUCCACCAGCAUUCCUCGAAUUGGGCGCCGAGCAGUACACGAAAUGGGGGCGGGGGAGGCCGCUGACUGGCCGAGCAACUGGCCAAAAUUUCGUUUACUAUCUCAUGCUGGCACUUGGAAGUGCGAGGGAUUUCAUAACCAUUGUGGCCUUCUUAGCAAUAUUGGUCCUUGCGGUCCCGAUGAUUGCAGGGCUAGGCUGCAUAUCACUUUCCAUCUAUCGUCUCAUUGCCAUCCUGUCGAGACACCAUGACAAUUCCAAUGUGUUUCGUGCACUCAUCUUGUUCUAUGCUCUCGUGCUUCUCCAAGGUGGAUUGUUCAUCUUGUGGUUGUUUCUGAGGUUGUAUCGCUCUUAUCUUGCAAACCACGUCAGCUUCAAGUAUGGACUUGAGGAUAAGAGAGAAUUGAUUGACAAAUAUAUGGACAAAACCUUGAGCAUGGCCAUAAAAAAUGGGGUGUCAAGUACAAUCAACAGGAACCUGGCUUCCUUCGCAGCAGAAAUGAUGAAAUCUGAGUACAGUCAGGACCGCAUUGAUGCAGUUUUGGUGAUGCAUAGAUUGACAUCCCAGGAGGACCAUAGAACAAGAACACUAUCCCAGAUACAAUCCUCGCCGCUCUGUGUUUCCAGGCUGCUUGACAUGGUUACCUCAAAGAGCCGCACUGAUCAGAGGACAAAAUUAUGCAUUGCACAAAUUGUGGCACAUCUUGCUAGCAACUUGCCCCUGGCUGACAUAUCAGGAGCAACAGAGUCCAUUUCUUCCAUGAUUGAUCCCUACUUUACGAAAAUAUCAACACCGGCUACCAAUGUCAACAUUGACCAUCAGACAGCUAUUGACAUCACAAUUGACCAGCAGGGGGCUAUUCAGUCAGCCAGCGCUGCCAAUGGAGGAGAAAGCAAUGGAUCUUGUAUUUUUGUUAAGCAAUUAAUGGAAAGGGUAGCUCGGCAGAGAGCAGAAAUCAUCAGAAAUAGACAGCAAAGAACUCUUCAAUCCUCCAGGACUACCAGUGGAGCUGAAAGCAAACCUCUAAUUAUCCAUGGCCUGUUGAUUCUUGCCAAGCUUGCAGUUAACCCGGACAACUGCAAGCACAUAUAUGAUUACAAGGGUCUCUUCUCCAAAAUCAUAUCCCCAGUAAAAAAUAAAGUGUAUGAGAUCCUCAGAGAUGAUGGUAUCACCAUGGAAAUAACUGAGAAGGCACUGGAAGUGGUGAGCAUGCUUGUCAGUGGCACAGAUGAAACCAAUGAAAAGAUACGCCAAGAUAUUUGUAGCAACGGGAUAGUAGCGCACAAUAUUUGCUCAAUCUUGGAAAAGGACCACAUGUACGACAAGCUAAAGGUUCCAGCAACAAAGAUCCUUACGGAGCUAUCUUUGGAUACGUCCACUCGAGCUACCCUUGGACUUGAUGGCGUAGCUGAUUUCAUUAACGACUUGAUGGACAUCUUCUUUGAUGCUGCUAAUGAGAGUGAAGGACUCAAGAAGACCGCAGGUGAAGCAUUAGCAGUACUGGCAACGGACAAUGCCAAUUGUAUGACGAUCAUGAAUUUCAGCACAGAGACAAAUACUUCAGUUCAGCUGCUCACAGAUAUGAUUCCUGUGGUAAACCAUAGAUUAUAUCAAACUCCCAUAGCACAACUGCUGAUGCAACUUUGUGCAAAUUCUAAUCCUGCAGAAAGGGAGGAGCAUCUCGCAUCAGUCAAAACAAAUCUACAUGAGGUGCUCAAAGUUAUAUGCAAUGUUGAACAAGCAGAAAAUGCAAAUCAGGUGGGUUCUCCACAGCACAACUUAGGCCAGCAACAAGCAGCAUACACAAAUCAGGCGGGUUCUCCCCAGCAUAACCUGGUCCAGCAACAAGCAGCAAAUGCAAAUGCGAAUCAGGUGGGUUCUCCCCAGCAUAACCCGGGCCAGCAACAAGCAGCAAAUAAUGCAAAUCAGGUGGGUUCUCCACAGCACAACUCAGGCCAGCAACAAGCAGCAAACGCAAAUCAGGCGGGUUCUCCCCAGCAUAACCCAGGCCAGCAACAAGUAGCAAACGCAAAUCAGGUGGGUUCUCCACAGCACAACCUUGAGCAGCAACAAGCAGCAAAUGCAAAUCAGACGGGUUCUCCACAGCACAACCGGGGCCGCCCCCCAUUUUCUCGGGCACUUUAUCGCUUGAACAGUUUUCUCGGGGCUCAACACUCUCACGCUGCUAACAGAAACAAUCCCAGUGACAAUUUACCGGCUGUUGCUCAGCUCGAAGGUGCUAAAAGAAAAUCCCUGGCAGCCUUCUUAGGCCUUACAUUGCAGAUAUGUGACAAACUGGAGAUCAGUCCAGAUGAUUUUGAUAAUGCACUUGCGCUCAUUCCUCUUUCCAUGGAUGACUUUGUGGAUAAACUGAAUCAUAUAAUAGAACAGUGCAAGGGCCACUCUUUUGACAGCUUGGAAGGGAAGGGUCCCUCACUUGAGUAUCUGAUGAUAAUCAAGACAGUGACAAAGUUAUGUACAUGGAUGAUGCAACACAAGCCAGACUGCAUCAGAGUAUUCCAGAAUAAGAACACUAGCACAAAACUGCAAGGUGCCUUAGAAGAUAUGAGAGACCUGGAACUAGGUAUGCUCCUUACCGGCAGUGCAGGGGACAUGGCUAAUUACCAAACCCUUUCAACCAUCGUGGGUGUUGCACGGCAGAUGAUGGAUGCUAAUGUGCAAGUUUAAAUAGGAAGGGGUGGAUAAGUAGUAGUACAAGUGUGCUGUUUUCUUUCGGUGUCUAUUUUUCAGAGAAUUGUUUUCUCCAUGUGUCUCCGCACGUGUCAAGAAUCAAGAUAGCUGCUUGAUUUUAUAUCUUCCCAGUUUACAAUCUGCUUGAUUUUCCGUGGAUUAAUUGUGCUUGCCUUUUGCUGUGUUUGUCAAAUAGCCUUUGUAUGACCGUUAUUCGCAUUGUGGUACCGAACUUGUAAAACUAAUCAGAUUUGUGUUGUAGACUUCUGUAGGAGACUA